GCACGCGUGUUUGAUCUAUUUUGAACAUGGUAGUUUCUGAUUACCAUGUUGCUUGCGUAGCAAGCAAAAUUGAGAGAGUGUGAUGUUAUGUGGAGUAUAUCGGAUUUAAUUAUCGGGUUCAAGAUUCGUCAUACAGCUGUUACAUUACAGUAAGAAGGGUUAUCGUUACCUGUGCGACUUGAAUAUUUCUUAUCUACGCUGGAAGCUUGCCAAAAAGCAAGAGGGGAUGCUUUUGACAUAUUAUAUUCCCCUCAAACGGCAAAAAUUAAUGGACACGUGUGUACCAUUAGGGUAGUGAGUGACAUAAAUGCGCUCGGCUAUCAGUGUUAUUUUGUCGAGUCCGGUACCCGACAAUAAAAUGUCUCAUCCCGAUUACGAGCAAACUGCUCACGAUCAUGCGGCCCUACUUUUGCUCCUGAGGCCCAUUGGUACACAAAUCAAACAAAAAACUGUCACCAGGUUAUGCGAACGAAUAAUUAAAGCAGGUAGCAGAUUUACUGUCGCCGAUUCUACAGGUGGAACCCGUGAAAUCAUUGCUAGAUUUGUCAAAGAACAUCCCGUGGAAAACAAUGAUUGGGGAGAUUUUCAAACGCACAGAAGACUAUUAGGAUUAAUCACAUUUGGAAAAUAUGACAACCAAGCUGAACUCAACGAAUUAUGUAGAAUUCACGAAACCUUAAAAGUAAAAUACACUGCAACACUAUAUGAUUCACGUGCUAUACUUUUUGGGCCGGUGGAAUCAAACAAUCCACACGAACCACCACUGUCAUUUAGCACUCCUUCAAACUUCAAAACACGUGGUGUAUUUUAUACCGAUGAGAUCUGCUCUGAUCUUGAAGUUCACAUUAUGGAGUGCCUUAAUUCUCUGUUUUGGAUUCUGGAAUCCAAAAGAUUGGAAAGGUCCAGAGAAAAAAUAGAUAGGGUUUCCCUUUUGUUAGCACCUUUUGAAAAGAAAGAUUUUAUAGGAUUAGAUUUGGAAUCCAGAAAUAAUAGAAAAAGAUGUGUAGGUCGUAUGACUAAACAUUUAGGUGAUUUAUGUCUUCAAGCUGGACUUCCAGCAGAUGCUUUAAGCAACUAUAAUUCUGCAGCCAGUGUGUUACAAGCUGUCAAUGAUUGGCUAUGGCUAGGAGCAGCAUUUGAAGGUUUAUGUGCAGCAUCUGCUUUAGUGUUAUAUCCAAAUAUGUGUAGAAGUCUUCCAUUGCAAAGAAACUCUUCCCUUCAAGAAGGAAGUCCAGGUAAGCAGAGACGAGGUUCACAAGCGGUUAAUGCUUUACCAUCACCACCUGCUGUAGAAGUAGUAAAGAGCAAUAUGCCACAUAUUUUGCUACCUGAAGAAAUAUCAAAGAAAUACCGUGAAGCAAUAGUUCAUUAUAGCAAAUAUCAAUAUGCUGGAAUAAUAGAGACAGAAGCUAGUUUUAAAGCUACAAGGAUUUCUAUAGAGCAAAAUUGCACUUUACAAGCUGCUUCAUAUUUAAAUAAUGUUGUACUUAUAAAUUUACCAUUAAGUGAACAAGAGAAAAUUGAUCGAUUUACCACAUUGUCAGAUUUAUAUAUAAGUUUUGGUUUUAUAAGAAAAGCAUCUUUUUGCUUAAGAUUAGCUGCAACAAGACAUGUGUCUCAAAAUAAUCCCAACCCAGAUUGGCAGCAAUGUUAUAAUUUAAUGUUACAAGCUACUUCUGGAUUUAAGCUAUCUUUAGAUCCUAUUGACAUGUCUCCUGAUACACAUAGGGGUUGGCCAGUUAUUCAAAUACAAGUAAUAAAUGAACUUGUUGUUGCUGCUAACCGUAUGGGUAAUCCAGCACUUGCGACAAGACAUAUGACAUUUUUACUUCAAACAAUGUAUAACUAUUUGACGCCUAACGAACGCAAGGAAACUGCGCUACAGCUUCAAAAUGUAUCUCAACAGUGUGAAGGUGCACCUGUACCACUCGUUUUAGAUUCUGGAACAGUUAUACCACCUGCCAAUCUAACAAAUAUUCCAAAAACAAAAUCGUUCGUUUUGAAAAAUAUGCAACCACAUCUUCAGCCUCAAAAAAUUGAAAGAGUCAAGGAAGACCAUGGGCCUUUUCUAUUUACACCAAUUAAUUUUGGUUCAUUAGAGAGAAAAAAUACAUCCAAAAGUAAAGUUGAUUACUUAUGGGUUGAGGGUGAUAUUUGUGAAGUAUCAAUGCAACUUAUUAAUCCCUUACCAUUUGAACUUCAUGUGUCUAAUAUGAGACUCCUUACAAAUGGAAUAGUAUUUGAAUCAAUCCCGGAGAGUAUUACGCUUCCUGCUGAGUCAGGACCAAUUGCGGUAACGUUAGCAGGAAGGCCUAAAGAAAUUGGAGACUUAGAAAUACUCGGCUUUAGUACGCAUACAUUAGGAGUGAAAUCUAACUGCAGAUUAAGGUCCAUGGAAGGAAUGGCUCAUCCUCAAUAUACCGUUGAAGUAGUUCCAGCCUUACCAAGGAUAGAAGUGGCCACAAGUUUACCUCAAACUGCAAGUUUCAGUUCUGGAGAUAAUAUAGUAACUAGUGCAAGUAUAUCACUCUAUGGUGGUGAAAGUGCUGAGUGUACUGUAACUAUUACAAAUUCCGGCCAAGUUCCUAUUGAAACUAUAGAACUAUCGGUACAAUCUACACUAGAUACGAUAACCGAGAACAAAAUAUUCAAAUGGAACGAUGAAAACUUAAUGUCACAAUUACCUUUACAACCUGGUGUCAGUGCGAGUCUUACCUUAUAUUUGUACGCGGCUACAGAUUUUAUAGCAUCUACGUCCCGGAAUGACAUUACCAGCAGUACAUAUCUUAGUCAGCCAAGCAGUUUAAUGUCUCAUUCGGGACACAGUUCGUUACCAUCUAGAUUAAGUUCUCCAUCGCAUACCAAGCGACAAUCCGAGCUAACUUCCUCGUUUAGAUCAGGCUUAAGUUCUCACUCUGGUAACUCUUCCAUGGCCAGUUCGCGUUUAUCGAAACUUGCUGUUCCGUUACAUACUUCAAAUGUUAUCGAGGGUCAAUUAAAAAUAAAGUACUCAGGUGGUAACGGUUUAACGGCAGGUUAUUGCCGUACUUCGUCUGUGUUUGUAACCAUUGAAAUGUUACCUAGCGUACAAAUUACAAAUUGGGAUGUACUUCCAGCAGAAACGCCAUCGCAGUUUUAUCUCGUAUUAGAUUUAACAAAUAUGACCAAUCAUGAAAUGGAAUUACAUUAUACACAAACUAAAUGUAUAUAUAUGGAGGGAAAAGAACCGUGUAGAAUUCCUGUACCAGUUGAUCGAUGCCCGCUCAAUAAAUUAUCUAUGUUAAACGGAGUCGGUGAUAUUGGAGAACUUCAACAAAUUUGUUCAGAACACAUUGCCUCGUUAGUUGAUUUACGGUGGCAAUUAUUAGGCACAGAAUCAAUUGGAAAAGCAACCCUAUCCGGCAUUACUCUCACUCAAGAUAUGUUAGACCUCGUUAGAAUGAGUCCUUUACAAUGGGAAAUAAAAAUAAAUGAUGCACUUGUAAAGGCACAAGAUGAACUUACAUGUAGUUUAGGCGAAUGUGUUAGCAUUGGAAUAGGGAUAUGUAAUGCUUUGAAACAUCCAUUGAGCGAUCUUAUAUUGUCUAUUAAUUUCUAUCAAGAUCAUCAUAAUGGAGUUAAUAAUUAUCAAUUAGAAACGAGGCUAUCAAUCGCUGGUGCAAACAAAGUUAUACUUCCAGCUUUACAAGAAUAUGGAAGAGUUUAUCACGAAUGUCGUGUUGUAUUCUUCACGGCUGGACAAUAUAAAAUAGAUAUUCAGUGUUGCAGUAAAGAAUCAGCCCCAAAUACACCAAUACUUUGUUCGGAAUUAAUAAAUGCUGGGCAUACAUGGCGUUAUAUACCACCAAUAGAAAUAACUGUUGACGACUAUUAACGUACCUAGAAUAAAUGAAUGCGCGGCUCCGUAACAUUUGUAAAAAAGUGAAAAAUAAAUACAUCUACGUCUUGUUAUAAUAAUUGAAUGUGAAAUAAUUUAAUAACUUAUACUUUUACUUUUUUUAAUAAAGGAUACAAAAAUCUU